AACAAUCCUACGCCUUAUACUUCCUCUGACCAUGCCGGAGAAGAUUGUCGAGGCUCCCUACCCACUCAUCGACGCGGACCCCUAUGCUGGCCGUGUGAUGCGCUACAUGCGCCCCUCUGACUAUGCCGUCUGGGCUGGUGCGACCGCUGCUUUCCCUGCAGCCCUGUAUUUCUGGGACAUGGCCGACAGGAGCUAUAGCAGGCUGAGGACGCCACUACGUUACGGCCUUCUCUUUGGUUUCGUGGGCGGGUUCCUCAUGGCGUACCAACGCUCAAGCUUCCGCUUCUGGGGAUGGAGCGAGAACACGAGGGAGCAGGAAAUAGACAUGAAGGAGCUGAGCGAGCGUGCACGGAAGGGCCUGCCCAUCUACGGUCACUCUGACGAGCCGGAGUGGGUCCAGGGGGCAGCAUAUCGCAACUCUGCUUUCUCUCAGCUCAAAUUCAGUGUCUUCCCAAUGAUCAACCUUGUUAACCACCCUCACCAUGGUGUUGAUACCUCCAAGUACGGUAAGAAAGAGGAAGAGGCAUAGACAUUUUUGUCCAGUAGCAACGCUCGGAGUGCAAUGCAUCCAUCUCUGGCCUGAUAGCCUAC